AUGAAGGGCCAAGACUCUAUCUUGGUGGACGGGUUCUUGAACGCUCUGCACGCGGGCGUGCCUCUCUCCGAGGCCGUAGCUUCGCUCACCAAAGCAGUUCAAUUGGUUGACACGAACAAAAUGAAACCAACAUCGCCGCUGGCAGAGGAGGAGUUUGCGGCGGAUGCGCGGGGUGGUGACUUGACGAAGUCGGUCUCGAGCAAGUUGCGGUACCUCAUGACGACGGAGAGGUUGUUUACGCCGGCGGACCUGGUACAAGAGACGCAGACGCCGCCGGCGGUCUGUCGGUCGCGAGAUUUGAACCCGGGCAAGGUGAAGACGCGGCAGUCAUUGCCACACGGACUCGACUCCGAACGCACGGAAGAGUUCCCAGCGCCGGAACCUGCCCAGCUUUCGGACGAUGCGAGCAGCGCCGGCUGUCCCCUCCCUUACGGCGCCCAGUUCCGCGCGGAACUUACUCCGCAGGACUACGAAAGGCUUUGCACCGACCCCCCCACUAGCUCCGUCUAUGACCCCCGCCUCAUCCUCUCUCUCCUCGACUACCACCCCCACCCCCAACUGGGAGUGCCCCUCGGGGCACCACACUCCCAACUGGGGGCGUCCUACUCCCAACUGGGCACACCGCACCCUUUGGAGCUCCAGUACCCCCGCGGUGACGACGAAGAACGGAUAGACCAGUAUCGCGACGAUAACGACCCCGGCUACCGCAUUCGCGUGCUCUGGGAACACGAACUAUUGGCAGAAAUAGACGCACGUGCCCGACACGCACCAGAAGCACUCGACAUCGCAUACUACCCUGUGUUCGACGUCAACCUCGCACGAAUGUAUGCUGCCACGCUGAAAGAUCUUAGUGCAGCACGCGAUGUGGCGGCGCGUGAAGUAGCGGCACGGGACAUGGCUGCGCGGGAGAUUGCCGCACGCGAAAUUGCCGCACGCGAAAUGGCUGCGCGUGAAGCGGAGCCACCGCCGCCGCCAGCGCCGGUGACCAACACUCCGCCGCCGAGUCGUGCGGCAUCGACCGAGGGUCGUUUGCCAGAACUUUCGGAUGCUUUCCACAUGCCCAGUAUUCAGCACCUGCUGCCGGACGCGGCCACGACAACGCAACCUGGUGGCCAUCCCACCCACGUCGUCCACGCCGGCCUCUCGAGCCACAGCACCACUCACAGCGCCAGCCGCAGCACCGGCGGCGCAUCCACCGGUGCACAUCUGGUCACCUCGGUCGCGGCCAUAGCUUCGAUUCCCGCCAGCGGCUCGAUCGCAGGCGUCGGGUCGAUCGCGGCCGUCAGCUCGGUAACAAGUCACUCCGUGGCAAGUCACCCGGUAACAAGCGGGUCUCUGCCGGUGCAGAACAGUCCGGGCGGUGGGGCCGUGGCUGUACGUGGGUUCUCGGCAGGCACGAGUCAGACAGGCGCGAGUCAGACAGGCGCGAGUCAGGCGGGAACGAGCUUGGCACGCGGGAGCCAGACGCCGUCGGGUGUGGUGGAGCCGAGUGACGACGAGUUGUUGUCGGCGAUGACUGUCUCUCCUCCGCCAGGGGGCGAGUCAGCACGCGCCUCGCUGGAGGUGGCCUACCCCGUCACCCAGUCCGGUGAGGAGGGUCGCCGUCGUUGUUCCUCGCCAGUCUUCGGGGGCUCUAGCUCGCCCUCUUUUGGACCGCAGGAAGACGGACUCGAACUGGCCCCCGAUUACCGGCCCGCUGCGCCAGACUUCGGGACUGCCCCAGAGUUCACGAACCCUGUCGCGGACUUCGCUCCGGCGCCCGAGUUCGUGGCCCCGGAGUUCGCGGUGACGGACGAGGCCGCCGCCGGAACCACCCUUCUCACUGCCGGCGGUAUGUCGGUCGGUCUAACUCCGACCGGGUUUACGCCGAACGGGAUGACGCCUGUGGGGAUGAUUCCGGUGGGGUUGACGCCCACUGGUCUAAUGCCGGCAGGCUUACUGCCGGCGGGGUCGGCAGAAGACCUUCGGGAGGGUCGCUUGACCGUGGGCCGGAGUAUGGAGGUGCUGGCGGCGAGCCGGGGGAGUGCGGAGGGGCCGGAGUUCUUGCGCGAAGGCAGGAGCAUGGAGGUGGUGUGUGGCGUAGAUGCAUCGGGGACAGGAAGCACUAGCGUGGAGGCGCCGUUCCGUCACUUGGCUAAGUCGGUGACGGGUGUGGCGUCCGGAGCAGUGGGCUUUCUGCCAGCGGGAAACAUUUCGGCCGGGAGUCUGGCCCCGCCGGCGGGACUGACGGCGGGAGUGCAACUACCGAGUCCAGUGGCCUCACUGGGCGCAGUGCCGGCACAGGGUUCGGUGUCUGUGAUCCCGGGUUCGAUUCCGCUUCUUGGUCCGGGUUCGAUGGCGGCCGGUUCCGUGCCCGCGGGUGCGAUGUCGGCGGGAGGGAUGUAUGCGACGGGGGAGGCGCUGCAGUGGGAGGACGAGUACGGCGAUCCGGCUCGUCUGCGUCGUCGGAAGCGGCGCAGCCGCGGCCGCCAUCACUACGCGUCCUCGGAUGAUGGUGUCUACCCCCUGGUGCGGAACAGUGCGGUAAUUGACUCGUUUAAUUUGAAAGUGAUCUUUGAGCGAGACCGGACGGGCUUUGUGGAGCAGACAAGGUACGACUACGACACGGUUAUCGCGGGUCGUUACCGUGUAUUAGGACUCAUUGGACAGGCAGCAUUUAGUUGCGUCUACAAAUGUUUGGACGAGUUAACGAGCCGUGAGGUCUCGCUUAAGAUGAUUAAGAACGACAAAGACUUUUUCGACCAAUCUCUGGACGAGAUAAAGUUACUAAGGUAUAUAUAUACGAAUGCAGGGGAUAUAGACUCUAAACGCUGUUUAAAGCUGCUUGAUUAUUUCUACUAUGAUGAGCACCUCUUCAUCGUAACUGAACUGCUUGGAGAAAAUUUGUACGUCUUCUCGUCUCGAUUACGAAAGUGCGGGUGUGGCUCUUACUUUACUCUUGGAUGUUUGCAAAAGAUCACACACCAAGUACUUAUUGCACUACAGUAUGUGCAUUCUUUACGUUUAAUACAUUCGGACUUGAAACCAGAGAACAUCCUGGUUCAAGACCAGACUCUGCCUUUGGUGAAGAUUAUUGAUUUUGGAUCAUCUUGCUAUGAAUAUGAUAAACUUUCAAGCUAUAUUCAAUCCAGGGCUUAUCGGGCUCCGGAAGUUAUUCUUGGGCUAUCCUACGACCACAAGAUCGAUAUGUGGAGUCUAGGUUGUGUCAUUGCUGAGCUUUGGACGAAUUUUGUCCUCUUUCAAAACGAUUCGAUACAUGCACUCCUUGCACGUAUCGUAGGCAUCAUAGGACCCAUACCCUACUACAUGGCGGCGAAAUCAUCUGUCGCCAAUACCCUCUUUACCAGCGAUGGACAACUAUGUAUGCUACUUGAACCCCGCAGCCACCACUCAGAUGCCACCUCACACCCAGCAUCGACCGAUAGUGGCGCCGGCAGAAAGGUACGGCUACUCCUCCCCAAACGCAGUUCUUUGAGCCAGCGCCUCCGGUGUGAAGAUCCCCUCUUCGUUGACUUUGUUUCCAAGCUUCUACUCAUCGACCCUUGCCUACGAAUGGACAGCGUACAGGCACUGAGCCAUCCGUGGAUGAAACCGGGCCUCUACUCGGACGGUUUGCGGUAA